AUGGCCUUUUUGACAGAACCUGUUCAAUCAAAACUUUAUAUUUCUUCUUCUUCUACUGCAUCUCCAAAGUCACGGCAUGAGCAAAUCAUUGAGGAGCAUCCUUUUAACAAUCGUCUUGAGAUUUUAUUUCCUACUCUUUUAUCGCCUCAACAAGAAACCAAAUUUUUAAAAGAGGCUUUUUAUUAUAAAGCAGACAUUCCUUUAUCUUACUUUAUCGAACGUUCUUUUAUACAAGAUUAUUUACAAAAAGGACGUGUUGUCGCCCAAAGUUUAGGUGAAGGAAUCGAUGUGUCAAAUGUUAUCGCUCUUGAUGGAUCAG